GUGAUUCAUUGCUUUCGAAACAGCAUUUGAAUUUGUCAGAAAUCCGAAAAUUUCGAUCAGUAAAAGUGUAAUCUUAAGUAGGUAGAAUUGAUCUGAAGCAAAAGAAUUAACUGAUCUUCGAAAUUAUCAAAAAAAUUGUUAAUUAUGAGUAAUAGGACAUUAUUCUGAGUCAUAGAGGCCUUGACUUCACCUUAACGCCAGCGCUCUUAUUGACUUCAGUCACAUGGAUACUAAACUAAAGUUCAAACUAGCUGAUAAAUUUCAGCCUUGUUUUAACUCUCAAUAUUCGAUCUUCCCCACCGAGUCAGGAAAAAUUUAUUGUGGAAGAGAUGUUGACGACUCACUGUGUAUAAAUGUACUAGAUGAAAAUUCGUUUGCUUUAGUCAACAGAAUUCAGGAUGAUGAACUUAUCACAUCUUUCGUUGUCGAUGAGGCGGGAUCGGAGAUAUUUAUUGCUACUAAAAAUUUGCUUUUAAAACGUCUUGAUAGCUGUGCUCCAAGGCCUACAAAAGUAUGGAUGUCUUGUCAUCAAAGAAUCGUGCAGAAAAUGGCGCUUAACAAAUUUUCAACACGAUUAGCUACCGGUUCAGGAGAUAUGGUUGUUAGAUUAUGGCAUAUUGGUCCAAAGGAAGGAUUCUCAACAAGCUGUCGAUUGCAUCAGGGAAUGAUAACACUAUUGAAAUUCCAUCCGACAUUACCGUACCUUUUCUCAUCGUCAGUGGGUGAUCACUUUGUAGCUGUGUGGGAUACUGAGACUGGAAAACAUGUCUCUUCUCUAGAAGGUCAUCAAAGCAUUGUUACAAGUCUGGACUUCAAUGUUGCAAAAAAAGAAUUAGUUACGUGUGGGCGAGAUAAAGUUCUUAUUGUCUGGUCGUCCGUAGACUUCACAAAACAAAAAGUCAUACCUACCUUUGAGAGCUUAGAAGCUUGUGCUUUCCUUCCUGUUGGCGCAUUAACAAAUCACUUGGGUCACAAGUUUUCUGAAAGUAAUACUUCUUUAUUGUUGACUGGCGGUCAGUGGGGUUGUUUACGUUGCUGGGAUUUAGAUACUGGUCAUUGUGUGUUAGAGAUCAAAGGUCCCCUAGAUCGGACUCCUCAAUCUGAUUCCGGUAGUCUCACUACGUUAGAUCGCCAUUCAAUUGACUAUGGACUUCAUUCCAUCAGUCAUUUGAAUGUAUACAACGUAAAAGACAAUAAUGAUAAUGUGUUGGAUGAAAGUAAAGACUCAUUUCUACGAUUAGUUCUUGUACGUCAAAGUAAUCAUGUUGAAUUUUAUGACCCAAUGGUUGGCAAAUUAACGGCUGAGUUUUUAGGUGAUAUUGGACAAGUUGAUCAAUUAUGCAUUGCAGGCAAAAAUCACAAUUAUCUCAUUCUAGCUGAUGCAUCACCUCACAUGAAAAUUUUCUUAAAUCCAUAUGGACUCAGUUCAAAGGGAAAAAAUACGAUUGAAGGUAAUCUUAAUAGUAAAACAAAUGGUUCAUGGAAAUGUCAUCUUAUUCCCGGUGGUCAUACUGAUGUGAUUAUGGAUUUGACUGUAUCUAUAUGUGGUCAAUGGAUUGCAAGUGGUUCUAAAGACCAGUCUAUUUGUUUAUGGCAUUUAAUAGAAUCAGAAGACUCAACAUCGUCAUCACUACAUAAAUCUUCUAAAACUGUUCCUGUCAAAUUGGAUCUUAUUACUCAAAUUCACAAGGCACAUGCUGCACAUAUCAGUUCUGUUUGUUUCGAUAGAUUGACAACACAUCUUAUAUCUAGCUCAGAAGAUGGUAUUUUAAAAGUUUGGAAUGUUCAGUGUAAUAACUUAGAUAAACCAGAUACUGUGUUAUCGGAAUUGAACACAAUUCAUGGAGCCCAUGGUGGAGUAAUCAAUUCAAUUGAUGUUUCCGUUGAUAAUCGUCUUGUUGCUACUGCUUCACGCGAUAAAACUGUUAAGAUAUGGGAAUUCAAAAAACAAAGUUUACAUUGUCAAGGGGUUCUUCAGGGUCAUCGUAGAGGUGUUUGGUCUGUUUGUUUUUCAAGAUUUGAGAAAAUUGUACUUACUGCUUCGGGUGAUGGAGACGUGAGAUUAUGGAAUUUGAAAGAUUUCUCAUGUAUCCGUACAUUGGAAGGCCAUGAUCAACCAGUGUAUAAAGCAGUUUUUCUUUCUCACGAUAAACAGAUAUUAUCAUGCGAUCAGAAAGGAUUAAUACGAUUAUGGAAUAUAUCUAAGCCACCUAAAAAUAAUCAGGAUAAAGGAGAGAAUAUUGUUAAACCAUCAUCUGAAGAAAAUUCAUCUUUAGUUUAUGAAGCACACGAUGGAAGAAUAUGGUCAUUAGCUAUUUGCCCAGAUGAAUCUGGUUUUUUCACUGGUGGUGAAGAUGAAACUUUGUGUUAUUUUGAAGAUAUUACAGAGAUAUUGCUGAAUGAGACAUCACAACAGCAAGAGGAAUAUAUUCAAACACAACAAGAAUUAGAUAAUCUUGUACACAAACAAAUGUAUGCCGAUGCUGUUCAUUUGGCUGUCAAAUUGGAUCAGCCCAAGCGAACACUAGACAUACUACAAGAACUUUUGACUCAAGAUCUUGUCAAAGAGACUUGCAAAAAUAAUCAAAAUAUGAAAUAUCCUACACAAGCUGGAAACUUAUUAUCAGUACUUGAUGAUUUUGUAAAGAAAAGUCACAAUGAAAAUCUUAAUGAUUCACUUAGUCUAAGUCAAAGACUUUUAUCUUAUGCUAUCAAUUGGAAUACAAGAACUAGAACAUCAAUGAUAAGUCAAUUCGUAUUGAAUUGGAUACUAACACGUUGGACACCAGAAGAAUUAAUUGAAUGGCCAAAUUUCAAUCAAGCGAUACAAUAUCUCCUUCCAUAUACAACUCGUCAUUAUCAACGUAUAUGUAGAUUAGAAGAACAAUUGGCAAUUUUAAAUUACAUUUCUGAGGUGACUGAUGAACAUUUAAUUCCUAUUGACACUUUUAAUGAACCGAUGGAGUUGGACAAUCAUCAAAAUAAUUCAACCCAUGAUGUCAAUACUUCAGUUUCUUAGACAAGGUGAUUAAAUUCUCUUUUUGUUCAAUGUGUAUACUAUGACAUUAUAGAACUUCAUCUAUUGACUAUUUUAUUCGAUUUCCAGUUUACUAAUGGUACAGUUGUUUUGUAUUCGUGAAGGAUUGAUUUACAACUGCCAGACCGAUUUUCUUUCAGUUCUCAGAUUUAUUGAGCACAUAUCUACACUCCUUUGAAUGUUGGAAUAAGAAAAUCACUUAUAUUUUCAUAGCGAAAUUGUGGAUGAUCAUUGCUGAGAAGUCACAUACUAGUCCAAAACACCUGGCAAUUCCUUUCUGGUCUUCAGCGAUUGUCUAAUUAAGAUCAUUCGUUGUCAUAAAGUAUAAGAUAUAGUGUUCUAAUGUAAUAUUUCUUUAUAGACUUUAUUGACUACUAAAAUCCUAUUGCACUCAAUGUAAUUUGAAGUUCGUGUUAGUGUAACUAGUCUGUAAACAAGUGAUGUACCAAGCUAAUAUUUCUGUAAGAUAUAAGUACUUACAUUUUUAAGCACAAGUAUUCAGCGAAUGAAACGUCCGAAUACGUCUAACCUCAUCUGUGCACAGUUGUGUUGGUCAACAGUUAGGAGCGUCGAUUUGUGAUUUAGAUAGAUUAUGUAUCUUAUAAAGUGACCGAUUUGCGAUGCCUAAUCAUUUUUUUAAUCGAUGUGAGUAUACUGAUUUCGAAUUAUAGUAACACUGAGUAUAACCUAAUGAUAAUUGUACUCGUUUGGGUUAUGUUAAUGGAUAUUUAUUUCUUCAGUAGUUCGUUUAGUCCUAAAAAUUCUUAUUAUCAUUCAUGAAUUGAUUACUGAAUGACAACUCCUAGUCAUCUGUAUGAAUCUAUCAGUCAAGAAGUGUAUUAUAUGUUUGAAAGGAAUUAAUGACGAUAUCAGAGUAUAAAUCUAUUCACUUUGUCAGUCAAAUAUAAAGUAGAAUCUGACACAAAUAUGCAUUGAUCCGAUUUCCCGCAUCUUACUCUAACAGAUCGUCAAAAUAAGUAGUAAUAUCACAUGUAACAAGAAACUAAACAUGGGAAAUAUUAGCUUAUAAGGAAAAAAUGAAGUUAAGGAAUGAAAGCCCCCAAAUGUCCUGGUACGGCCAAGAGUGGGGAGAGUCCGAUCUCCCUCUCGAAAUGCUCUCAUAUGACCACGCACAUACAUACACUCCCACGGAAUUCCUACUCACUGCCUUCUCGUGGCGGGGAUGAUGUUUACGAAAUUAAGUAUAAAACAAAUGCUUCACUGUCAAAAUUAUAAUAGAAAUAUAAUUAGUUAUUUUGUACUCAGUCUUAUUAGUAAUUAUAAACUGUUUUCUGUGUACAUAUAUACGUUUAUAAGUGCUUUUACAAGUCUGCUUGACGAAGUAACAUUAGAUCCAUUUUCCAUAAUUUGGUUUAGGGCAGUUUUUUUAUGCAUCUAUGAUGAAUUUUGCCUAUAUAUUUAACUUUCAUUUAUCUAUCUGUUCUAUGUUUCAUUUCUUACUUUGAAUGACUACUAUCUGAUGGACCCUUAUAAAGUAGUGUACACGUAUCGGAUUAGUUCAUUUAGAAAUUCAUAAGCUUCUUGGACUAAAGCUGUCUUGUUUGGUCAUCCGUAACUUUUUCCAGCCCAAUUUUGUGCGACCCACCAUCAUACAUGGAAGUAAGCUAUGUUUAGAAAUAAGUAACAUAUCUCGGUCACCUACAUCGAUAACUUACCAUUUUGGCGAGAUUAUAAUUUAUGGAUGACCUUUGAACGAGUCUUAAGUGACCUUGAGAAAUGUUAGCCAACCAGUAAACAGUCAGCAUAGGGUAAAAAUAUAUUAUACAAAACCAAAUAAUUAAAGUGGAUAAACUUAUAUGGUCCAAAAACUUGUCAAGGUUAGAAAGAGUUUCAGAGUUUCCAAAAUCGUAAUGCAUAAGGUAGUAGAACUCAUCCAUAUGGCUCCAUGAUAGGUGGUCUCUGGACCCAUGAUAAGGUCACAAAAACCCUCUCAAACUCCACCACAUAGUUUCAUUAUUGUUUGUGUGUACUCCGGUUGUGUAGGUUUAUCAUUUUUUAUUAUGGAUAAGUCCCUACAAUACUCAUACCACUGAACAGCCGAAGCUUCAGUAGCAUCUGCGUUUUUUGCAGCCAGUGUUACUGGUGUUUUUAUUAUACAGUUGGCGGUAAUUAUUAUAAUAUGCCUUAGUCUCAAUCUGGAUCGGGCGAUAAAGUUUCCUAUCCUAGCAAACGUCUUCCUCCAACAUAUAUUACAUCGAAGGACAACAUCACGGUAGUCUGCACAAGGUUUACAAGUAAUUUAAUACUCGUAAUUACAAAUACAGCAACUUCUUAGUAGUUUCAUUUGUUGUUGCCGCUUAAUUAUCAAGUCUUCUCUAAAAUUCUAUGUGAACCGAUCGUACAUCAGCAUCAGAUACUGAAAUUGGCACUGUGACCUUGAAAUCCCUCAAACUCUUCUGAUUGCCUCGUUCAUAAAUUAUAGUCUCGCCACCAUUUAUAAUAUAUAUCAAUUAAGAUUAUUCUUGACACAACUCUGCAUAUACUUCAAAGGUAUGAUUAAAUACUUGAAAUUUACGUAUACUUUGUUUACUGUUUUCUCCAUUUAUAUAUUACUCAUAUUGUUACUCCUUUGAAAAUUUCCUCAUUCAGAUCAACGAUAUAUGAUGUAAACACGUUUAUUCAAUACAAGUAAAUCAUUGUAUAUAAAUAAAAUCUUUCUAUGAGAAUGUACAUAUCUCUUUUUUGAUGUGCUUGAAACAAUCUCCGGAUUGUGCAUAUGUGAAUCCAUCAUUCAGUCACUUGAUAAAUCCGUUGUAAAAUCCAACCGAAGUAUGGAUUAAAUAUAUAUAUUGUGAAGUAAUUGUUCAUGUAUUUUGUUAUUGUAAUAUGAUGUUGAUGUUGAUGACGGUGAUGAUCUUUAUGCCAGUCGUUAUAUUCCGUUUAAAUAAACAAGUAAAUAUUAGCAGAAAAGAAAAAGAAAUAAUGAAUUAUCCCUACAGCAUAAAGUGUCGAACGUGGUUAAACACUACUGUAGUGAGCAAGAACACGGAUAGGGACAAUCGAAUAUAUAUGACAUGAAAAUUACAGACUAUCUCAUUAACAUCUGAUAACCAUACAGUAAAGAGUUAAUUUGUAAAAUAACAAUCA